UUCUCUAUCUCCAUUUCUUGUUUAUAUUUUACUAAAUUACUUGUAUUUCCUUGUUCCAUAUUGUUACUUUGAGUUAUAUUUCAUAAGAGACGAUGAGAUUAGCAAUAAAAUUUUAUCGGUGUCAAGUUUUUUUUUCCCAAAGCCAAUAAUGUUUUUCUUGUCAUGACUCAUGCGGUAGCGAUACAAAUUUUAGUAACCAACUAGGAAUCGUUUUUGUAAAGAGAAAAAAAAGGAAAACAAGAGCAGUUCAAACUCUAUCAAGCCACGCAACCCAUCAUUUAACAACCCUAAAUUUAUUUCUUACUCGGACAUUAACGCCCAAAUUUCACAACUGAGAGAGUCUAGGUCUUGCUUUUGAACGCCAUGCGUGUGACGAUCAGAGACUAUGAAUUGACCUUCAACAGUCACAAACUUUACGAUGUCUAUUUGGACGACACCGAAAUCAAAACCGUCGUCACUCGUGAUCCCGGUAUGGUGUGCACAUGGAUCAACAACACCGAAGCUGCAAACGCAUCCCGUCUCCACCGCUUGAUUGUCGGGCUUGACAUCGAGUGGGAGCCAAACUUCUACUCACAAAACCCUGUCGCCACCCUCCAACUCUGUGUCGGAAGAAGCUGUCUUAUUUACCAAAUUCUUCACGCCCCCAGUAUCCCCCGCCUACUCCGCAACUUCCUCCAGAACGAAGCCUACAUAUUCGUUGGGGUUGGUAUUGAUAAUGACGCGCAGAAGCUGUGGGACGACUAUGGACUUCAAGUGUCGAACAGGGUUGAUCUCCGGGGGUGGGCGGCAGAGGAGUUGGAGAAUGAGAAUCUUCGUAAUGUUGGGCUCAAAUAUUUGGUGAAGGAAAUCGUGGGAAUAGAGAUGGAAAAACCUAAGAGUGUGACUCUGAGUAUCUGGAGUGAGCGUUGGCUUAGCUAUGACCAGAUAUGCUAUGCCUGCCUUGAUGCUUAUCUUUCUUUUGAAGUAGGGAGGUUCUUAAGUUCCUGGUAUAAUUAGGGGACAACAAUUCAAAGUAUGUCCCUUUUACUAAAUUUGACUGCUUAUCUUUCCUACUAGUAUUUGAUUCCAAUUUACAUUAGCUCUGUCAAAAAGUACAAUUCGCUACCCCUUGCUAACUUUACUGUUUAACUGAUAAGAUUAAUGUUGGUUUACUCAACAUACAUCAGGAGGAUUAUCAAACUAUUGGUUUAUGCUUAGCA